AUGCCACAAGGUCCCAAACACGUCGGCAGGCCCCGAAAAUAUGCGUCUAAAGAGGAGAAGGCAAAGCAAGAUGUUAUCGCAAGACGUAUUGUAAGGCGUGCUCGUCGACAACCUCAAUCUGCUUAUGUGAGCGCACAAGGAGAUAUUCGAUUUCGGAUCUACACCGCCCCGCAGACAGACGCUAUGCUCACGCCAUCGACACAACACACCACUUUUCAGUCCCUUGAUCGCCUCAAUGGCCUCGCAAAUAGUACUAACCCAGCAUCUCCAAUCUUAGCAGCGUCUUGCGAUCCGGUCGAGCCUCAUAGAAACGAAGCAAUACCCUGCAACAAUGAAUUUCAGCUAGGCCGCAGCACCGCUGAAGCAUUAUUGCCUCCUAUCUCAACAUUACCGCUUCUACGAAACACAUCUCGCCCGGCCACUCGAUUAAAUACUGGAUACCCUCAGCUGGAGGCCAAUGAGACAUUACAGCCCGGCAUUCCGCCUUCAAUAGAGGCUCUACGUUGUAAUAAUCCAGCCUCGGCCGUCUGUGACGAUAAUGACUACAAUGAAAAUAACGAAAUAUUCCUUACGUCAGAUUAUCAGUCGGUCUAUGCGCAUCAGGCACCCGCUGAACCACCACCUAUCCUGGAAGAUGGCCCCGGCACGAACGGCCAUGGAACCUCUGAAAAUCUCGAAGAAAGGGAACGGGGCGAAGAUAUCAUAAUCAAUCAGGAAGAAGAACAUGGUACAACUUAUACCAACGUUGAAUUUUUACCAGAUGAAGAUUCUGAAUCAGAGACGGGAACAGAGAUAGACUCCUUAGAUGAACAGGAUAAAUCUGGUAACACUAAUGAGCUGAAUGACAUGAGUGGAUCAAAUCUUUCUCUAGCAAAACAAUAUCUAGAGAGAGCCUGGAGCUGCCUUUGUAACUGCGGGCAACAGGAAUCUAUAGGACCCGAUAGGGACACUCUACUUGGCCUCAGUCAAAUGGCCAGCUACUGGAGAAACAUCGGUCUGCCAGAUGCAAUUGGUCCAGCAUCAAACACAACCGAAGCGGGCGAGGAUGAGAUUAGACCUCUGGAUUGGCGUUCAACAUUAAGUGGAGGAGAGACACAGCCGCACUUACGCUUUGAGAAAAGUCAUUACAAUAUUCCAAGCAUCCAGCGCAGCUGGGAUGUGGACAGUGUUAUAAGUUUCGCUUCAUGUCUAUCAAUUAACCGAGGCCUUUACGUCUCGUAUCUUGCGCCCAUGUCGAGAAAUAUGCAGACGAGCGUUCAUGUCUUUCAUCAAGGAAAACCUCUUCACGCUAUUCCCCAUCUCAGACUUGGUAGUGGACACCAAUCCCCCCCAGUUUAG